CGCCGAGACGGAGCGGGGCAAGCGCUGAGGGCACCGUGCCCUUACCCAAGAUGGCGCCGUGACCGUCCCGGCGCCGCUCUGACGUGGUGGCGGAGCGGGGGGAAGGAAUAAUGUUUCCAACAUGUCUGUGCAAUCGCUACUUUGUGAAAGAAUUGAUGUUGCCAAAGAAUUGAUCAAGAGAGCAGAAGCCCUUUCCAAGUCCCAGAAAAGAAGAAUAGAAGGUGGGGCAAAACUAUGUGGCAAAUUGAAAGCUGAGCUAAACUUCUUACACAAAGUGGCGGCAGGGAAGGUGGCUAUCAAAGAAUCCCAUUUGCAGAGUACAAACCUUACCCAUCUCCAAGCCAUUAUUCAGUCAGCAGAGAAUCUGGAGGAUAUCGUCAGUGUCCUCCACGUCUUUGCUUAUGAGGACAGGUUUGGAGACAAGCAAACACUGGUGGUAGAUGUUGUUGCAAAUGGAGGUCACACGUGGGUGAAGGCCAUUGGUCGGAAGGCUGAGGCCCUGCAUAACAUCUGGCUGGGGAGAGGCCAGUAUGGUGACAAAAGCAUCAUCCAGCAGGCAGAGGACUUCCUGCUGGCAAGCCAUCAGCAGCCAGUGGAGUACAGUAACCCCCACAUCAUCUUUGCAUUCUACAACAGUGUGUCCAGUCCUAUGGCAGAGAGACUCAAAGAGAUGGGAAUAUCUGUGCGAGGAGACAUUGUGGCUGUGAACUUGCUGGCAGAGCCAUCUAUAGAAAACCAGCACCUUAGUGCCAGUGAAUCAGAUGAAGAAGGCCCUGAACUGCAGGUGACCAAAGUAGACCGGGAGAAUUUAGUGGCCAGCAUUGCUUUUCCUACCCAGAUCAAAGUAAACGUGUGCAACAGAGUUAACUUGGACAUCACAACCUUAAUAACCUACGUCUCUGCUCUUAGCUAUGGUGGCUGCUACUUCAUCUUCAAAGAAAAAGUGCUAACAGAGCAAGCGGCUCAAGAGAGGAGAGAAAGAGUCCUGCCUCAGCUGGAGGAGUUCAUGGAGGGGAAAGAGCUCUUUGCCUGUGAAUCUGCCAUCAGAGAUUUUCAGUCCAUCUUGGAAACGCUGGGAGGACCUGGGGAGAAAGAGCGAGCUGCAUUGCUGCUUAAAAGAAUUAACAUGGUGCCAGAUCAGCCAUCUGACCGUGCCUUAGGACUAGUGGCUAGUUCAAAAAUCAACAGCCGUUCUCUUGCCAUCUUUGGGACAGGAGACUCUUUAAAAGCCAUCACCAUGACAGCAAACAGUGGCUUUGUGAGGGCAGCUGCUAACCAAGGUGUCAAGUUCAGUGUUUUCAUCCAUCAGCCGCGAGCGUUGACGGAAAGCAAGGAGUGUGUUGCCACACCUUUAUCAGAGAAUUGCCCUCCUGAUAAUGGACUGACAGACAUUAAAUGAGUUAGAAACAUUUCAGGUGCUGCAGGAGAGGCAUUUGGAGAAAUGAGAGUCAUCAGAAUACAUUUUUGGAUGUGUAUCAGUGCAAACAGUUAAAUGUAGCAGUGGAAGGGUUCUUCAAGGGAUUUGCAAUAUCUUUACUCAAUUCCUGCUUUUUGGGUUCAGCUGAUGAUGAGUUUAUUCACUAAUAAGAGUUUAGUGAUAACUGUCAAAUGGCUUAUGGUAUGUUAAUCCUAUCCAUCCCUAUUAAAAAGUGAAGGUAAAGCACGGUUGCCUUUGUACCCAUGUCUUUUUCUUGCCCUUUUCAGAGACAUUAAGUUCAGCACCUUAGGUGGACUUUAGAGGAACUUAAAUCUUUCUUUCACCUGUCGGUUCAGAGUUACUUUAUAUAGAGACCUACACCUUUUUGUGUGUUUGCUCUUUCCUGAAGACAUGACUAGCAGCCACAAAGAGAAACCAAGCUAAGCCUUCCUUUCUUUUCAGAAAGGAACUUCUAUACAUAUACCACGUUAGACUGAAUUAAGUAGCAGCUUUAAAAUUCCUGGAAAAAACAAUUGAAAAUGGAGUCUGUUGGCACUAAUACAACUCUUAGGUCAAACUGGACAGCCAGUGACAGCAGAACAGGAGGCAAAUCUGCUUCCCUUUUUUAUUAGCCUUUUCCCAAGUGCAAAGUCUUGGCUGGGUGCAAAACACAGCUUGAGCCUUCAGAUAACAGAAUCUUCCUAAACUGAGCCAGCUUCCAGGUAGCUUUUCAUGGUAGUGAGCUCUGCUGAGGACUCAUGGUGAACUUGAAUUUGGCUUUGUUGCUUGUGAAUUAGCUAAAAAAAAAGCCUCACUGAGAUUCUUAACUGUUGAUGCAGUGGAGGAGGUGGUUGUGGGGUAUGUUAAAUGCUAGUUUGCCCUGUGGUAGAGCGAAGCUUUUUCAUUAGUGUUGCCAUUGAUGGUUUUAUUCAAAGGGUAGAAUAAACAGUAUUUUAUUCCCUUUAUUUUAUUUUUUU